AUGGCCGCGCAGUCAGACGGCGGUAAAGCCGGGGUCGGCUGCGGCGGCGGGUUCGCCCAGCUGUACGAUAUCGACGCUGAGGAGCCGCUGGACUCCGCCGCCAUCCACAUCUGCCAGUGCUGCCGCUCCUCCGCCUGCUACUGGGGCUGCCGCUCCGCCUGCCUGGGCUCUCUGCUCGGCGGGGGCCAACCCAUCGGAGGGGUCGGUAUCCGGGAGACCCACUGCCCCCCACGGGAGCAGCUGUGGUUGGACUGCCUCUGGAUCAUCCUCGCCCUGCUCGUCUUCUUCUGGGACGUUGGAACGGACCUUUUCCUGGCGGCGGACUACUACCAGAGGCAGAAGUACCUCUGGUUCGGCCUCACGCUGUUUUUUGUGCUGGUACCGUCCGUGCUGGUCCAGAUUCUGAGCUUCCGCUGGUUCGUGCAGGACUACACCGGCGGGGGGCUCGGGGAGGUGGAGGGGCUCACAAAAAGAGGGACGGUGGUCCAGGGAUGCCUGUAUCCCGGGAAGGACCGCCUGCAGCUGGCCACCAUCUGGCUGUGGCAGGUCAUCAUCCACAUCCUCCAGCUGGGACAGGUGUGGAGGUACAUCCGAACGCUGUAUCUGGGGGUCAUGUCGCGGCGGCAGAAGGAGCACCAGCGGCGGUGGUACUGGGCCAUGAUGUUCGAGUACGCCGAUGUCAACAUGCUGCGCCUGCUGGAGACGUUCCUGGCGUCGGCGCCCCAGCUGGUGCUGCAGCUCUGCAUCAUGUUCCAAGAGAACCGAGCCGGGACCCUGCAGUGCUUCUCCUCCCUGGCCUCCCUCCUCUCUCUGGCCUGGGUUCUGGCCUCCUACCACAAGCUGCUGCGCGACUCCAGGGACGACCAGCGGAGCAUGAGCUACCGCGGCGCACUGCUCCACCUCUGUUGGCGCCUCUUCACCAUCUCGUCCCGCGUCCUCUCGCUUGCCCUCUUCGCCUCCCUUUUCCACAUCUACUUCGGCAUCUUCGUGGUUCUGCACUGGUGCGCCAUGGCCUUUUGGGUGGUCCACGGGGGCACCGACUUCUGCAUGUCCAAGUGGGAGGAGGUGCUCUUCAACAUGGUGGUUGGCAUCGUCUACAUCUUCUGUUGGUUUAACGUGAAGGAGGGACGGACGCGUUACAGGAUGAUAGCGUACUACACCGUGGUGUUGGCAGAGAAUACAAUCCUUACUGGCCUGUGGUAUGCCUACAGGGACCCGCUGCUGACCGACUCAUACGCCGUCCCCGCCCUCUUCAGCGUCUACCUGACAUUCGCCGGCGGCGUCCUCGUCAUGUUCCUCUACUAUGGCUUCCUGCAUCCAGCCACCGCCCACCUCCAGCCGAGCCCGGCCUCUUCCUGCUGCGCCCAGCUGCUCUGGGGUCUCCCGCUUCCCCCGUCAGCCCCGCCCACUGCCCCGCCUACCCCGGCCCACAUGACCAAGUCCCAGACAGAAGAAGACGUGGCCGAGACGUGCCUUCCUGUCUUCCAGGUGAGGUCCGCCCCUCCGACCUCCAAACCCGAAGGCCCGCUGAUAAAAAUCGACAUGCCCAGGAAGCGUUACCCGGCUUGGGACGCGCACUACGUAGACCGGCGCCUGCGGAGGACUAUAAACAUCCUGCAGUACAUAACGCCGGCUGCUGUGGGCAUCCGCUAUCGAGACGGACCCUUACUGUAUGAACUGUUGCAGUACGAGUCGUCACUCUGACACACAAACACACACAGAGUCACACCUGAGCACAUACAGCACUAUAAAAUAUAGACGUGGAUGUUCAAACUUUCCAACUUAGGGGAGACAAAGGAAAAAAAAAAGUCACUUGAUAUAAGCACAUGCCCACUAAAGCAAU